AUGCUGAACGUUUGGGCCAGCUGGCUUGGCACCAAGGGGUAUUUUCCGCCACAAGGUCACAGCAAACCGAACAGACCGAAUCAUAUAACCACAUCUUCACUCACCAACACACCAAACCAUAAACCCAACAAGUCGAAGACCCAUCUCACCAUGGGCAACAAAUUCAGCACCGAGCAAAAGACCAACAUCAUCGCCGAAGCUCGCAAACUCGUCAAGAGUGGCCGUGAUAGCUUUCCGCUCCCAGAACCACAGCCCUCGCACGCGAGCUAUCUGGAGGGACGAGCCUACCCGUUGCUCGCAGAUCUUGAGACGCAACUCGGCAAGAAGAACCCCGACUUCGAGAAGAUGCAGGACAAGUGUGAGCAGAUGGCAGGGGUAUUGGCGAGUCCGGAUCUGAAGACUUUCUACGAGGUACUGUUCGCGAGUGAUCCGGCAGUAAAGGCGAGAGCAAGGGGGAAUUAA